AAAUUAUAACAACACGAAGAUUGAUCUGUGAUUAUUUCGUUUUAUUUAAUUAAAAAUAAUUACUGUAAAAUGCGAUGGAACGAAGCCGUUACAUUGGAAUUCGUAAAGAUCUAUUUAAAACACGAAUGUUUAUGGAACCCUUCACAUCCAGAUUACAAGAUAAAAUAUGAAAGGGAUAAAGCCUACGCGGAUAUUGCUUCGGAAUUUCAACUUUCUACGAUGAAAAGUUUAAGUAUUCCUGAAAUAAAAAUAAAAAUAAAAAACCUAAGAACUACAUACCUGCAACAAGUACAUAAGAUAAUCCAAUCUUCGACUCCAGAUUGUAUUUACGAACCUUCCUUGAUCUGGUUUCAUGAAAUGGAUCAAUAUAUGAAAAACAUUCCUACAAAUCGACAUUCUGCUUUAUAUAAUACUAAUCAAGAGACUUCUGUAGCUGACUCAUCCUGUCAGAUAUGGGUCGACCAAGAUCUUCCAAAUGACAAUACAGAAGAAUCUGACACAAAUCCACUCAACCCAUCAACUGACACAGAAUAUGAUUCAACAAAACCAGAAAUUUCAUUGCAUGUAAAGAAAGAAACGGAUUAUUCCUCUCAAUCGUUUAAUAAAGUUAAAAAGAAGAAAACAAAGCGCCAAUCUUCUGAACAGCAUAAUUCAACGGAUUCAACUUCAGACUCUGUUGCUUUAGAAGAUGAGUUUGACAUCUAUGGUAAAUACAUUGCGUCACAACUUAGAAAUAUGGAUUUGCAAAAGGCCUUGCAACUUCAGUUAGAAAUUAAUAACCUAGUCAGCAAAACUAGAAUUUCAGAGCUAUCCAAUGACAUCAUUAUGAGGUGGGAUGAAAAUGAGACGUACCCAUUUGUGAAACUUUAUCUCAGUAAAGAUUCUUUGUGGAAUCCGAAUCACGAAAAUCAUAAGCUGAUAGAUGAGCGGAAGAAAGCGUAUCAGAUGAUUAUUGACGAAUUUAUGUCAUCUACUGGAAUUCAACUCAAUGAAUAUGGAGUUAAGUUGAAAAUAAAAAAUUUACGAUCCACUUAUGCACAAGAAAUUAAUAAAAUACGGACAAGAUCAGGACCACUUUCUAAAUACACGCCUACUAUUAAAUGGUUUGCAGAUUGGCAUAGAUGUUUCCAAAUCGUUAAGAAAACAGACAUUGAUACAGUUUAUGAUGAUCACAUCAGUGAAUCAAACAAGUCAUGGAUAACAAAUAAUGUGGACCAGACAAAUGAUGACGGAAAUAUAGAUCAUUUUACAUCAGACUUCCAAUCAAAUUCAAAAUGUAAUAUCACAAAGUUGAAUGGUAGAGUUAAAAAUUUAUCUAAGAAAAAAAGGAAGAAAUUGAAAUUAAUAAGUUCCAACAUAUGUGAUAGAUUAAGAGACAGUGAUGCAAGCUUCACUAGAGAAGAUGAAUUUGAUUUAUAUGGACGUUAUAUUGCAUCACAGCUGCGGCAAAUGGAUAUAAAGAAGGCUGUUCAGCUCCAACUUGAGAUACAGAGCCUGAUGAGUGAAGCUAGAAUUACAGACUUAAUGAACGAUAUUUAGUUUACAGUAAGAACGCAAAGAAAUACCAUUAAUCCUGAUUACUUUGUUAUAAAUUCCAAUAUAAAACAGUAGUAUAUUUAAAAUCCAUAGAACAAGCUUCAAUAUUGUAUGUUUAAAAAUAAUGCACUUUAAAAAGUUUCAAGUGAUCUAUACACCUCCGUGUACUGUUCAUGAUAUGGGAAAAGGAUUAAGGUGACCAAAUGAAUAUACAAAAGCAACUGCAAGUCUGAUUUUUAUUGCUGUUACAGCAUUCUUUUUACAAUAUAAACAAACAUUUAUCGCUUAUGUUUCACUAGUGAAAACUCAGAUCGUUCACAUUGUACCAAAGUUUCUCGAACAAGUCAGGUCAGGGGUAAAUGUUUAUGAACAUAUACAUUGCUGUCUAAUCUGUUGCCACAGUCGACCCCAUCAAUAUAAAUGCGAGUUAGUGGGUGAAUCACAACAAAAUCUAAAAACUAGAUUAAGUACUUUCGAGUUCAGAGUCCUUAAAUUUAAAAUAAAAAUGGAAGUCUGACUUCGAGGGCAGUGCGAAUUCAGAUUGUAAAAAAAACUAAACGUCUAAAAAAAAAACUUAGAUUAUAAAUUAACAUUAAAAGGCGGCAAAAGGUGCGUGAGCUACAACAAACGUGAGCACGCAACCUCCUGUACCUAGGGUUAAAGACUAGAGUCGACAAUGUCACAAUCUCAAUAAAAAUACAACAACUUUAUUGCUAUAUCCCAUGUGCGGUGACUCUGUGAUGUUGGCACACAUUAAAAAACGUCAAUCAGAGGGCACAGAUUAAAAAAAUUACAAA